CAAAAAGUUGGUGUGUCAAAUAGAUCGGCAAAAUCGGUGGAAGUGAACCGCUGGAUUAUCGCGAUUUUCGAUUAAAGACCAUUCAAAAAACAAGCCGGUGGAGAUACUUCCCAAAGCGUUAAAAAAAAAAAAAAACAAGUGGACAAAGGACCAUUGCGUAAACUUGAAGAAAGAUUAAGAAUCUGAUGAAGAUGGCAGGCUGGAUUAGUUUUGUUCUAGUUGCCACCGCAUCGAUGAUCGCAAUAGCAGAAUCUAGGGUGAUUCCUGAUAAGCCUACUUCCGUCAUGAUGGAUCCCAACAGCAACCCUACAACAUUUUUGAGAGAAAAGAGAACGGUCGCGCGUCCAUAUCCGCACAGGGCGAUGAUGUUCACCGGAUAUUACAGGCCGAUACGUCGCUCGGGUAACGAGGGUCAUACGGGCCUCUUCGCGCAAGGAAACGCCGUAAGUGGCCAAACCUUCUUCAGCGGUAUGCACGCGUCUCACCUCAAGGAUGGUCCGGAGCCGAUUGAGGAACCGGAAGUGUCUAGCGCCCAAGCGCAGGCGGCGCCGGCAUCCGAUGAUGAAUAUCAUCAUCAUUAUCAUCAUCAGAAUAAAGUGCAUCGUCACGAGGAAGAGCAAUAUCACGAGCAUCGCCAUCACGAAGAGGAGAAGCAUCAUCAUCAUCAUCAGGAUUCUUCUACCUCUCAGGAACACCACGAGCCGGAACAGAUUCCGCUAACCACAGAGAUCGCGCAAGAACCAGAGGAAGAACCGAUCGCGACCACGGAAGUGUCUGUUACUCGACCCAAGGUGCAUCAUACGAAGAAAACGCACAAGACACCCGUCACUGACGAGUCCGAUGAAGAUGAAGACGAGGAAGACUAUGAUGACGACCAGCCGGCCGUACCAUUUGUACCUUUCAAGGGCAAUCGACGUCGCCAAAAGUUCCCUCAUCUGAACAAUUUCUUCCCCAUGGUCUUCAGCUUCCCUAGAGUGGCCACUCGUGCUGGAUCUUCUGGUUCUCCUGGCACCAUCACGGCCAUCGCGAAUAGUUAUUCUACCGGAAAAGGUGGAGUGGCUAGUUCGGUGGCCACCGCAUAUGGCGGAUCUCCUGUUGGAAAGAAACGACGCCCACAGCCAUACGAGGAAUAAUUAACCCUAAAGCGAUCAAUCUUAUUGGCAAGUUAAAGGGAUGAGUUUGUUCUGAAAACCGUUCAAAAUCUCCGCUUGAUUCUUUUCCUGGCUUUUAAAAAUUGUCUUUUUGAUCUUUUUUCUAGAAUUUUGAAUACUUAAGGAAAAAAUAACAUUUAGUUAUAUAUAAACAAAAGUAUAUGUUUUUUAUGAAAAAACAAAACUCUACAAUUUAAGAACAAUUUUUAAUUUGCUGGAGAUUGUAUAAUUUAUUAGGUAAGAUAUUUUAUUAAAAUAAGUAGACUUAAUAAUAAAUUCACAAUAUAUAAGCUACACUAAGCUUUAAAUUAUUAUUGUUUUAUAGGGUUGCUUUUAUUGUAAUAGAAAAUAUUAAAAUAAAAGAUACUUUGUGUGUGGUUUCUUCGUAAA